AUGGUGCCUGUGUACGAGGAAAAGGCCAAUGUGCCUGCCAUAGAGGAGGCCUCGCGCUCAGUGGGUGAGUAUGGUGAAGAGACGCCCACCGAUGAAGAGCUGGAGACCCUGCGUCGCGUGCCGGGCAAACUCCCCAUCGUCGCCUAUCUCAUCUGCGCCGUCGAGUUCUCCGAGCGAGCCUCGUACUACGGUGUUUCCGGUCUUAUCUCCAACUUCGUAAAUCGUCCACUGCCUGCCGGGGGCAAUGGCUACGGUGCGCCUCCGCGAGGGACACAGCAGACGGCCGGCGCCUUGGGCAUGGGCACCGUAAAGGCCAACGCGGUAAACCAGUCCUUCAGCAUGCUGGCGUAUCUCCUGCCCAUGCUGUUCGGGUAUCUGGCCGAUGCCCAUACUGGUCGCUUCAAGAUGAUCUUCUGGGGUGUCUUUGUGUUUGGUAUUGCCCACGUCCUGAUGGUCGGAGCGACUGCGCCAAACCUGCUCGCGAAUGGGGGGGCCAAAGUGCCAUAUUUCCUUUCAUUAUAUAUUCUAUCGGUCGGUGCUGCCAUGUUUAAGCCUAAUGUCUCCCCCCUCCUGCUCGACCAGAUGCCCAGCACUAGGGCGAAGACCAAGGUGCUGUCGAGUGGCGAGAAGGUCAUUGUCGACCCCGAAGUCACGACAGAGCGCGCCAUGCUCUGGUUCUACCUGCUCAUCAACAUUGGCGGCUUCAUGCAGGUCGCCACCUCCUACGCGGAGAAGUACGUCGGAUGGUGGUUAGCAUUUAUCCUGCCAUUGUUCUUGUAUCUUCCGCUCCCUGCUCUCUUGCUGUGGCUUCGGAAACGUCUCGUUCUGCACCCUCCUGGUGGUAGUGACCUGCCCAAUGUCGUUCGCGUCGUAGGCAUCUGUCUUAGCCGAGGUGGCAUCUUCCGCAUUGGACGUCAUGGCUUCUGGGACGCAGCCAAGCCUUCCGUGAUCGCAGCAAAGGGGCAGAACAUUCAGACGCAAUGGAACGAUCAGUUCGUCGAGGAUGUCCGCCGCACCUUUCAAGCGACGGGAAUCUUCUGCUUCUUCCCCAUCCAGUACAUCAACGACAAUGGGUUGGGUAAUGCGGCGAGCUUCCUGUCAACGAUGCUGACGACCAAUGGCGUCCCCAACGAUGUCAUCAGUAACUUCAACUCGCUCAGUAUUAUCUGCUUCGCCCCGAUCCUCAACUACCUUUUCUAUCCGCUCCUCCGUCGCCUCCACAUCCGCUAUGGCCCGGUCGCCCGGAUCACUACGGGAUUGGCCAUGUCUUCGAUCGGCGGCGUUGGCUACACCGUUCUUAACUACUAUGCCUACAAGCUCGGUCCGUGUGGCAAGUACGGUUCCUCGGACUCUUGCAUCGAUGCUGACGGAGUUUCGCUGGUCGCUCCGAUUACCAUUUGGUGGAUGGCCAUCCCCUAUGCGCUCGGUGGCAUCUCCGAGCUCUUCGUCAACGUGCCGGCCUACGGCAUCGCCUACUCGCGCGCUCCCAGGAACAUGCGGGGCUUGGUUUCAGCCAUCAACCUACUGAACACUGCGGUGGCUUACGCCAUCGGUCUCGCCUGCUCUGCGGUGGUCAAGGACCCAUACCUGACCUGGGACUUCGGCGGUCCCUCGAUUGUGGGUGGCGUUCUCACCGUGAUAUUCUACUUCAUGUUCCGCCACAUUGACAAGGAAGAAUACACGCUGAGCGAGAAUGCCGAUACCACUCUCGAGCUCGAGGGGACUGCCAACGUGUUCACGGAAAACUCGCAUAACAAGACCACAAACCCCACGCCUGCCAUUGCGGAGAACGAAGAGUUUGGUAUCUCCCCCAAACAGUAAAGUGGAAACUCAAUCAUCGGCAGGUUUUAUGCCUAGGCUGCGAUCUGAUAGAGAGAUACAGGUUGUGUAGUUAAGCUGUAAACAAAGUAAAUAGUUGUAAAUAGUUGGCGAGUCA